CCGGAAGUAGGUUGUUGUUUAUGUGAAAGUCAUACAAUGAGGGGAAAAAACAGUAAAAACUGCAAGUUGUGAAUGUAGAUUUAUGUGGGCAUUGAAUUGUGCUUAAUUUAAGGUUUGUGUAAUAACCGGAUAAAUGAGUUUACGUGCCUUGUGGAUUAUUUCUCACGAAAAAGGAGAAAAUGUGUCAAUACGCUUUUCAAGGAGGUUUCCUACUGUGGAAUAUCGUGCAAAGAGCUUGGCAGGGUCCUCAUAUGUAGCAAUCCCAGAGGAGAGCAGUGUCCUGCAGCUCCUGCUCACUGAGCUGGGACUUUCAGACUCAAGCAAGUCUUAUGUCGCUCUCAGAGAUGAUUGCCUUUACCGCCCACGGUCACCAGCCCUGGAGCUGCGUGUUGAUGGUCCUGGAAAGGGAACUCUUUGGCCAGUUUUGGCCAUCUCUCAAGGGCCCCUCAUCCUAGCUUGCCUAGCAUUAGUGGAUGUCCCUCCUGAGCCUCGGCCACCUCUGGCUAGCCUGAUGUCAGUCUCACAAGGACUCACGUUCCUUGCAGGGCUACAAACUUUUCUCCUUGGCUCAGGGAGUAAGCCUGAUAGUGAGGGGCUAGUUUCACGUCUGGCAAUGUUGCCCUCUGUCCUCCUGCAGGUUUGUCCACUUGGUACACCCCUUGAUGUGCCAGUAGCUGGGGCACCUGUUACACCCACUGUGCCCACUCCUGCUGGCACCCAGAAACAGCCAGCCUGGAAGACAGGCCUACACCGGGGUCGAGCUGUGGUGAACGUAGCACUAGUAGAAACUGUCCGCUCCAUGCAGUAUGGUAAUCAGAGCAGACAGGACUUGUGGGAUGUAUAUGGCACAGUGAUCUGCAAAUGUGAAGUAGAGGGGUUGCUCCCAAAUGUGACAGUUACCCUUUCACUGCCGCCAAAUGGUUCUCCACUGCAGGACAUCCUGGUUCAUCCCUGUGUCACCUCACUUGAUUCAAGUAUCCUGACUUCUAGCAGUGUGGAUAAUAAUGAUGGUUCAGCUUUCUCUGGACCUUACAAAUUCCCAUUCUCCCCUCCUCUGGAGCAUUUCAGACUAUGCAGCUACACUUCUCAGGUCCCUGUUCCCCCCAUCCUGGGUUCUUAUCAACUUAAGGAAGAGGCAAAUCAGCUGCAUGUGUCAGUAGCCCUCAAGCUUCAUGAGAGUGUGAAGAACACCUUUGAAUACUGUGCGGCACACUUGCCAUUCUUCAACAGGGAUCAAAUGAGUAUUGUGGAUGUAAAGGUGAGUGCUGGACAACUGGAUGUAUCAAAGGAGAAGAAUCUGCUGGUCUGGGCUCUGGGGCAAAAGUUUCCCAAGUCUCGUGAAGUUACAAUGGAGGGCAAGAUAAUUUUUUCUGGGCCGACACGAGGGCCUUCAGAUCCGCUGUGCACACAACUUACUGCUUACAUUAAGUUGUACUUCAAAGUGCCUGACCUGACGUUGUCUGGCUGCUGUGUAGACCAGCAUUCGGUGCAAGUUUAUUCAUCUGCCAAACCACGAAUAGUAACAUCCCGAGAACUUCAAUCCAAAGAGUAUUACAUAUGGAAUUCAACAGGUACUGCUCCGGUUUCUUCUGGGCAGAUGAUGAUGUAGCAUGGAUGCAUAAGGAGAAGCUUGGAGAAAAAGGUGCACUGUGCAUUGUUCAGAAAAAAAUGCCAAUGUCAUGUGACCCGACAAUAUGAGAAAACUAAACCACAUCUUAUGUUACAGAUUAUAACAACGGUUAUGUUGAUGGUUAAAAAUAUGCACACAUCUGUAGUCCAGCUUUCCUGCCCCCCCAUCAACCUUCACCCUCCUACAAAUUUGCAGACACAAGGGCCACCCCUUGCUCUGUCAGUCCCACUUGAGGGACUUUCCGUCAUCCGGAUAAUUAGCAGCUGGGGCCUUGUCAUCAGCUGUUGUAGGCCUAGAGGAGAGGGGUGGUUGGCCUUUGAAAGGCCAGGCUGCUCUGGCCAGUGUCUUGGCUACAAAAGGCUGCUUUUUAGAUCUGGCAGGACUCCUUACCCACACCAAUCACUCACCCUCCUUUCUUUUGACCCCCAUCCUUAGCUUGUCAACUAGUGGCUCAUUCAAAUACACAACCUCUCCAACCAGACUGAUUGGAGCACUGACCCUCUGGCCCUCUGGGACUUAAAAGCAGCCAGUCCCUUUAGGUGAACAGGACUUGCCUAAUUGGUGAAACAGUCACAAGGAUGGUAAUGGUUGAUUUGCCAUUUGAGGUUGUAGAGGUACUUUUACUCAGUUAGUGUAGGACUUAAAGUAUGAUUUGAUAUUUGUUGCUGUAGCACAAUGAUUUAGGAAGAUUAAUUAAUGAGUUACAAAAACAUUAGUAAACAGGUGCUUUCUACAAUUGACUUUUAUGUUACUGAAGUUACACAUGCUGCUACCGCUCACUGUUUUAAGCUGAACGAAUAACCAGCUGAUGAAGGGUUAAAUCAGAGGAGGUUGUACUCCACUAUUCCACAGUAGCCAGACUCCUCUGAGUGGCCUCAUUGUCUGCUGUUGGCCUCUCGUGCCCCUUGCUGGUCCAAAUGCUACAUUCUCACGUGGAUUUCCACUCAGAAGGCUGACCAUGACCAAUCCUCUGUCAAUUGGAACCAAUUGCUCACACGGCAUCCUUCACCUUCUUUUUAUGUAGCAGUAUGGAAUGGCAGACACCAAGACCUCUCGGCUCGCCCCCUCCACGAUGAUUUGGCUUUAAGGCCCAGUGUGUGUGGCUAGCGAACUGGAAAAGGAGAAGUUUUUUUUUUAGAGUUGGGCCACUUUAAAUCUCCCAAGUGUCGCAAUAUGUGGUCAGUCUGGCUCCUCAAGUCUGCAGUCAGUGGCCUCUCACUGGCAGACUUUGCUUUGUUGAUUGAAUAGCUUGCUAAGUAGAUCGUUUUAAUGUGCUUCUCUGCCUUAGUGCCUUCAUCCUACACCAUUGGGUAGUUAAUUGUCUUUUUUCCCAUGAUCUUGCAUUCAUUUAUGUUUACUUUUGUACUCGUUAAUGCAUGAAAUGUAUCACAAUUUUACCACAUUUAUGAGAAUAAAAAACCAAAUGGGUCAACAUGAAGCUGUGAAAAAAAAGUAUUGGGAUUUUUUUGUUGUGAAGUUGCAUAGCUACAAGGCAUUUUAUACUAAAAGGUUUUCCAUGUUCAAACACUGUUAUCCACUUAACUGUGAACAUUUACAUCACUGUGUUCCUCAACACAAUAAUGACACCCAGUGGCAGAGAACAAUAGAAGCUUAUAUUAGAUUGUUUUGAUUUCUUGAAUACACCAUUGUGCAAAUUUCUCAUAUUAAAGAAGUUCUACUCAAACGCUGACAUAUGAUCUCUGCUUAUUUAAGUCCCCCUGCUGUUUGAUGUGAUCUUAUCAUUGUUCCUUAAAGUCACCAUGCCUAAGGAUCAGGCUUAUGUCAGCCUCAGUGGCCACAGGUGUUUGGUAGGAGUCCAGUUCCUCUCAGUCUCCAAGUCUGCAGAGAGCUGUCCUCAGGAAGCCUACUUCAAGAAUGAAGGUUCAAGUAACAAUCUCCUGUUUUCAGUCUGAUCAUUCAUCGAGGGGUUUUAGUUUGGUUUCAGAUUACAGAAUAUCUUUAAUAAUUACAGGUGUCUUCUGUGUUAAUUUCUCCACAAAAUUCCCAGUAAUAGACCAGGAUCUCUAAAGCUGGAUGAUUUAUUUUUGGACAUUUGCUAUCUAUACUGAUAAAAGUCUGAAUUGGGUUUUACAUUCAGUGAGUCGAUGAAAGUGCACUUCAUUCCCCUAGAGGGCACCAUAAACCCAGGCAAGAAAGAGAUGCCAAGGACCCGCUCUGAACAUCACGAGUUGUAAUCAUGUUGAAAAUGUAAUUGCUUUGUUGUGUAUUAAUGAUCUAACAGUUUAAUCCACAUCAUUGCAUCUGUUUUUAUUUAUAUAUUU